UUUCCGGCUCUCCUCUGCCCCUCCGCGGUGGAAAACCCCGGACGGAGGCCCGCGGUGUGCGCUCCUCCUCCCGCAGGCCUUUGGCCCGGAAUUCCACGUUUCUGCUGAAAAAUGGACGGAUUCACCGGCAGUUUGGAUGACAGCAUGUCGGCGACGAGUGUCUCCGACGUCAACGACCGCCUUUCGGCUCUGGAGCUGCGCGUCCAGCAACAGGAAGAUGAGCUGACGGUGAUGAAGGCCGCGCUUGCUGAUGUGCUCCGUCGUCUCUCUGCCUCUGAGGACUCUGCAGCGAGUAAGAAGCAGCAUGGAGGGAAAGGGGGAGCUGCCAUGCGUGAAGCCUACUCCAUGUCCUGCAUCUCCAACGGAGGAACACCUGGACGGAAGAGAGACUCUACCUCUGUCACCAGGAAGGAGACGCUGUCGUCUGCCGCCAAGAGCGGCACGGAGAAGAAGAAGGAAGUCAGCAGUCAGCGAUCCCACAUGGAGGAGAUCCAAGAGCAUGAGGAAGCUCCUCUCCAAAAGGACCUGUCUCCCAAUCACUCCUCCCCCGUACCGUCCCACACCCCCCAGAGAUCGGCCCCACCCUCUGAUGGGAGCAAAGGCCACGCUCUUCCUAAAAGGGGUCCCAGCGUGAAGCGGUCUUCAGGGAUGGAGCGAUCUCAGAGCAGCACCUGGGACUCUUCAGAGAAGAACAGGAACAAGCUUGUGAAAGCUGCGUCCACCUCCAAGCUGCUGGCUAAAGUGAAGAACACAGACAAACACAAAGAUCCAGUGGUCAGCCAAGCCAGAAUGUCGACCCGAGAGAAAAACAGCCUAGCUGAGGGAAACUCCAUCAAGAUGUUCAUGCGUGGUCGACCAAUCACAAUGUUCAUCCCUUCAGAUGUGGAGAACUACGACGAGGUUCGGACAGAACUUCCUCCAGAACGACUCAAGCUAGAGUGGGUGUACGGUUAUCGGGGCAGGGACUGCAGGGCCAACGUCUACCUGCUUCCAACCGGAGAGAUCGUUUACUUUGUUGCGUCGGUGGCGGUUCUGUUUAACUACGAGGAACGGACUCAGAGGCAUUACCUCGGACACACCGACUGCAUCAAGUGUCUGGCCAUCCAUCCAGAUAAGAUCCGAAUUGCAACGGGACAGAUCGCAGGAGUGGACAAAGAUGGACGAGCGCUGCAGCCUCAUGUACGGGUCUGGGACAGCGUCAGCCUGUCCACCCUGCAGGUCAUUGGUUUGGGAACCUUUGAACGGGGCGUUGGAUCUCUGGCAUUCUCUAAAGCUGAUUCGGGUCAGCACCUGAGCGUCAUUGAUGACUGUAACGAUCACAUGCUGACCGUUUGGGACUGGCAGAAGAAGUCAAAGAUCGCAGAGAUCAAGACCACUACUGACGUGGUUCUGGCCGUGGAGUUCCACCCGACGGAUCCAAACACAAUCAUCACUUGUGGAAAGUUCCACAUCUUCUUCUGGACCUGGAAUGGGACCUCGCUGCUUCGGAAACAGGGCCUCUUUGGGAACCACGACAGGCCGAAGUUCAUCCAGUGUCUGACCUUCAGGAGCAACGGAGACAUCGUGACCGGAGACUCUGCAGGUCAGCUGCUGGUCUGGACGAGGAACUCUGCUGAGGCACCUCCUGGGAAGGGACCUCAAGCCUUCCAGAUGAGGACCGAUCUGAGACCCAUCGAAGCUCAUGAAAAAGGUGUUUUCUGCAUGUGUGAAAUGAGGAGUGGCACUCUGCUGACUGGAGGAGGAAAGGACAGGAAAAUCAUCCUUUGGGACCACGGGCUGCACCAGGACCGAGAGAUUGAGAUUCCAGAUCAGUACGGUCACAUCAGAGCGCUGUCAGAGGGAAGGGGUGAGGAGUUUCUGGUCGGGACGUCCCGUAACUUCAUCCUAAGAGGAACCUUCAAUGACGGCUUCCAGGUGGAGGCACAGGGACACACGGACGAGCUGUGGGGUUUAGCCACUCAUCCAUCCAGAGAGCUGUUCCUGACGUGCGCUCAAGACCAGCUGGUCUGUCUGUGGAAGUCUGUGGAUCACAGUUUGCAGUGGAGCCGCACUCUGGAGGAACAUGGACACUGUGCAGAGUUCCAUCCCAGUGGGUCCGUGGUCGUCAUUGGAACACACUCAGGAAAGUGGUUCGUUCUGGAUGCUGAGACUUCAGAUCUAGUUGGGAUCCACACAGAUGGGAACGAGCAGCUGUCAGUGAUGCGUUUUUCAGUCGAUGGCAGCAUGCUAGCUGUUGGAUCUCAUGAUAACUUCAUUUACCUGUACAACGUCUCGGAGCGAGGACGGAAGUACAGCCGGUACGGGAAGUGCACGGGACAUUCCAGCUACAUCACACACCUGGACUGGUCACCUGACAACAAGUUCAUCAUGUCCAACUCAGGAGACUACGAGAUCCUUUACUGGGACAUUCAAAACAGCUGCCAGCUGAUCCGGAACCGUUCUGAGUGUAAGGACAUCGACUGGGCGACCUACACCUGUGUGCUGGGGUACCACGUCUUUGGUGUGUGGCCCGAAGGUUCUGACGGGACUGACAUCAACGCUCUGAUGCGAUCCCACAACAGGAGGGUGAUUGCGCUGGCCGACGACUUCUGUAAGGUGCACCUGUUUGCCUACCCGUGCUCCAGAUUCAAGGCACCCAGCCAUAAGUACAGCGCCCACAGCAGUCAUGUGACCAACGUCAGCUUCCUAUACAACGACAGUCACCUGAUCUCAACGGGGGGGAAGGACACCAGCAUCAUGCAGUGGCGUUUGGUGAAGAAAUCCUCCCUGUCCCUCACUGAUGGCAUCAUCUCUAAGUCCGCCCCUCGCAGAGCCGACCCAGUCGUUCCCAUGCCUCCUUCCGCUGCAGUCGCUCCUAUCCCUGAAGCCACCCUGGCCGCCAGCAGGACCCAGGAAACCUCUGAAAUUUCUCCAUCUGCAGAAGUAAUCCCUCUCACAACAGAGUCGACCCCACCCCCCUCAGACACCACUGUGAGCCUGAAGGACAGUCUGGAGACGAGCGACGAUACAGCAACACCCAGUGACGAGGGCCUGCCCCCCCUGACCCCGGCCUCUUAAGAAAAGGGAGUAUGAUCAAGUGUCUCUGUUGCUGCUUUCUCUGAACUCUGGAAGUGAGGACAACGUCUGGACAACCUUUAAACAUCUGGUAAAACUCAGAUUGUUUCAAGACUGCAGUCAGAAAAAUGAUGGUAUCUCUCAAAACUUCACCAAUCUUCUCAGAAACACUCCAGAAUCUUCCAGUUUUAUAGUAAUUUACCACACCAUGUCUGGCCCUCAACCAGGAGCUGCUCUCAUCUCGUUCAGCUGAACAAGCAGGUUUAUCAUGAUGACUGCUAACAGAAGGUCACAUGAUUCAACCAUCAUCAGCUGAGAAAAUGUCAGGUCAGAUUAACAUACUUGCAGUCAGAUCUGGAGGAUGCCUGAUCCACCUGGCACACACCUGUCAGGUUAGUUUCUAACUUUGCUAAAAAAUGAACCUCCGAUGCUCUUUAGCUCAAAUUGUGUAAAUCAGAAUUAGUCAGGUGUUUAAACUCUAAAGUAAAUAUUAGUUUUCUGUAAAACCAUCACUGAAGGAUGCAUACUGCUGCAGGCUUUUAUUCUGAAACUUUACAGAAGACAUUCAGGUUUCAGUCUAAGGCAAAGAAUAAAUGGAUGAAACAAAAA